ACGUACAAUUCGUUCGCCGUGGCAGCGAUAUAGAAAUGAGCGAGAGGCACAAGCUGCUCGGGGAGAGGGAGGACGACGCGGUCGGCGCGCCGACGCGCCGAUGGGAGUCGCCGCGGCGAGGCGCGAGCGGGGAGAUGGCGCCGGCCCACAGGCCCCGGGGCCGCGUGUUCGAGUGCAGGACGUGCGGCAGGCGGUUCCCGACGUACCAGGCGCUGGGCGGCCACCGGGCCAGCCACGGGCGGCAUCUUCCCAGCGCCAGCAGGCUGCGCGACGGCGACGCCCUCGGGCUCCGGCUGCUGGAGCCACGCGGUGAAGAGGCGAGGCCGAGAACGCACGGGUGCCCCGUCUGCGGCGUGGAGUUCGCCGUCGGGCAGGCGCUCGGCGGGCACAUGAAGCGGCACCGUGCUGCCAUGGCCGACGCCGACGCGAACGCGCGCGGCACCAUGGCGGCAACGUCCGUGAAGGAUGACGGCGCUGGAGCAGAGUGCACGCCCGAGAUCUGCCUGGACUUAAACCUGGCGCAGGCGGAGAAGUGCGCGAAGUGCAGGAACGCUACACAUAAAUCAAAUUUCGAUGUUUCAACAAAAUCUGAAUUUUAUUUGUGA